CAUCCGCGGCGGCCGCGGGGGAGGGGCACGGCGUCAGCGCGUCGCCGGCUGGGCCGCGCCGGUGGCAAGGAGGGAGAGACAAGGAGGAGGAGGAGGAGGAGGUAUCUCUGCAUUAGCCAAAUUGGACAUAUGUAAAGGGACAUCAGUAUAUCUGGAUCAUCAGGAAAAAGAAUGUAGCAUUGUUCUGUUUUACAGAGGAAGCCUCUACCUGUGACUGAUGGUUGUGCUUCAAGAAGACCAUAGGGAAGAACUCAUUUUCAUCUUGCUGCGAAAGUUGCAAUAGAAAAUCUGAAGGUUUGAACGGGCCAAUGAGUAUCCUCAUCAUUGAAGCAUUCUAUGGAGGCUCCCAUAAACAGCUGGUGGAUCUUCUCCAAGAAGAGUUAGGAGACUGUGUCGUUUAUACCCUUCCUGCAAAGAAAUGGCAUUGGAGAGCCCGGACAUCUGCUUUAUACUUCUCUCAGACCAUUCCCAUCAGUGAACAUUACAGGACCCUCUUUGCAAGUUCAGUGCUUAACCUGACCGAACUGGCUGCCCUGCGGCCUGACCUUGGGAAACUGAAAAAGAUUCUGUAUUUUCACGAGAACCAGUUGAUAUAUCCUGUCAAGAAAUGUCAGGAGAGGGAUUUCCAAUAUGGAUACAACCAAAUUCUUUCAUGCCUGGUGGCUGAUGUGGUUGUAUUCAACUCAGUUUUUAAUAUGGAAUCAUUUCUCACUUCCAUUGGAAAAUUUAUGAAGCUGAUUCCUGAUCACAGACCCAAGGAUCUGGAAAGCAUCAUCAGACCCAAGUGCCAAGUUAUUUACUUUCCCAUCAGGUUUCCUGAUGUGGGCAGAUUCAUGCCCAAGCACAAAACAACCCAUUUAAAGAAGAUGCUCGGCCUUAAAGGAAAUGGCGAUGUGGUUCUGUCCAUGGCCCUUCCUUUUCAGCCGGAGCAGAGAGAUUCGGAGGAUUUAUUGAAGAAUUUUAAUUCAGAGUCUGAUACACACUGUGGCCUUGAUACUGCACGACAAGAAUAUUUGGGUAACUCAUUAAGACAGGAGUCAGACUUGAAAAAGUCCACCUCGUCAGAUAAUUCAAGCCCUCAUCAUGGUGAAAAUAAACAAAAUCUGACUGUUGAUCCCUGUGACAUUUUGGGUGGAGUUGAUAAUCAGCAAAGACUGCUACACAUUGUCUGGCCUCACAGGUGGGAGCAUGAUAAAGAUCCGGAAAGCUUUUUUAAGGUAUUAAUGCGUCUUAAAGACUUAGGACUCAAUUUCCACGUGUCUAUCCUUGGAGAAACCUUCACAGAUGUCCCAGAUAUUUUUUCAGAGGCCAAAAAGGCAUUGGGAUCUUCUGUCUUACACUGGGGCUACUUACCCAGCAAAGAUGACUAUUUCCAAGUACUGUGCAUGGCUGAUGUUGUCAUCUCAACAGCUAAGCAUGAAUUCUUUGGAGUGGCAAUGUUGGAAGCUGUGUACUGUGGGUGUUACCCACUUUGUCCUAAAGAUUUGGUUUAUCCCGAAAUAUUUCCAGCUGAAUAUCUGUAUUCUACACCUGAACAGCUUUCAAAAAGGCUCCAGAAUUUCUGCAAGAGACCAGAUAUUGUAAGAAAACAUCUCUAUAAGAGACAACGAAUACAAUUGUUUCUUUUCCGGAUGAACAAGGAUCUGUUUUGCAAAUGUUUGUAAGAUAUUAUGACAUUUCCAAGAUUUUCUUUGCAUUCUGGAAAGCAGGAGGUAAACAUUUGUAGUCAUUAAGGUAAAGUCUGUUGAUAAACCAUCUUCUGUUUACUGACAGGUAAAUUGUAACUUUCCCUAGCUUUUGAAUGAGUAACUUCUAUACACCACAGAGUGAGGCACAGCCAGGGAAAGGUGGCUAGACAAGGGGCAAGCCAGGCUUUCUAGCUUCUGGAAGGAUCGAGUGGCCUAGCAGGCAUCUAAGAUAGAGAAAGCAAUGAUUCAGAAGUCCGGUAGGGCCCAUUUGACAGGUAGCAAAAUCAAAAGCACGAAAUAGAUCAAGACAAAGCCCUUGGGAGAGAGGCAGUAUUGCAGAUCCAAGAAGGCAGCUCAGAGGCUAUGAGCCCUGGGAAUUUAAAAGCAGGAAGAGUAAGAAGCAGAAACAAGAAGCUCCAUCUGAACAGACUCCUCUCUCCAACCUUUAUGAGACCCACAGUGUGUGAUGGGCCACCACAGCACUGGCUUCUAGACUUUUACAGGGAAGCCAGUGAACAAAUUACCUCCUCACCCAGAAAACAAAGAGCUCAGGAACUAUUUUGGAAGUUCCUUCCAGUCUAAGACUAUGGAACUCAGAAUCUAGCAGGUGUGUUCCUUUGGAUAGCAAAACUAAAGAUAUAAAUAUGAAUAAGAAAUUCUUUGCCACUUCUCCUGGGCAAGGUUAUACUUUAUGCCAUCUACUGAGAUAAACCAGACGAGUCAGUUUGCUUCUGUCAGUUGCUGUGUCACAGAUGACAUCUUCUCAAAAUAAUAUUAUCUCACAGCCAGGAAAUAGCGCUUCGUUGACUGUGUUUUUCUAUCCUGAAAAUAAAUGGGCUUAUGCUUCAUAGUGGCUAAGAUACUCUACACCCAACUAGUUAGUACCCAUAGAUCUUUUCUCACGGAUAGGAAAACAAAAAAGCAUUAAACACCUCUCAGAGAGUACAUCUGAAACAUUUACGUAUUUUCCUGAUUUAGGCAAAUAUAAUAUUGAAAGUUACCUGGAUGUAGGCGUUUUUUCUACACUCACGAACGCAAAUCAAAUUUUGCCGUUAGCUGUGGCCGACAUUCCUUCCAGGACAAAAGCUGACAUUAGGCCGAGUGCGGUGGCACACACCUGUAAUCCCAGCACUUUGGGAGGCCGAGACGGGUGGAUCAUGAGGUCAGGAGAUCGAGACCAUCCUAGCUACCACGGUGAAACCCCAUCUCUACGAAAAAUACAAAAAAUUAGCCGGGUGUGGUGGCGGGCACUUGUAGUCCCAGCUACUCGGGAGGCUGAGGCAGGAGAAUGGCAUGAACCUGGGAGGCAGAGCUUGCAGUGAGCCAAGAUUGUGCCACUGCACUCCAGCCUGGGCAAUAGAGCGAGACUCCAUCUCAAAAAAUAAAUAAAUAAAUUUAAAAUAAAUUUUAAAAAAACUUACAUUAAAGGUGUCACUUAUUUGUGUGAUGCUGAGAUUUGGAAUUUAAAAAAAAAUUUAUAAAGACUGUAAUGUCAGAGUUGCUACUGGUUCACAUAAGCAAUAAAAAGUUUUGUAAAUUGUAAUUCUUAACAUUUAAAAAUAUGUAGGAGCGUGUGUGUGCACACGCACACGCAUGCUUCUCAACACCCAUGACCUAGUGGAAUGGAGUGUUAUUAAAUAAGUUAAUCAGUAUUUUGUUGAAAUCUCAGCAGAUAAUUGGUACUACACGUUGACUCAUUAAUUCAGUUUCCCUUAUCAACCACCCCCAUCAUUUAUUGUUUUGAGUAUGUUUAAUGGAAAACUUAGUCUUUCGAUUGUUUUUUCUUUUAAAAUAAAAUCAAUUUUAAUUUUAAAUGUCUUUAAAAGUCCAUCCAUUAUCAAGACUUUGACACAGUGUCUUGAAAUACAGCUCACCCUAAACUUAAUCUGUGUUUCUGGCUAGAUGUUUCUAGAACAAAUAUCAGGGCACCUGGUUCUUAACCUUCUCGUUUAUACUGUGUUGAUCGGAAAUAGAUGCAAAUACCUGUUUAAAAAUGCUCCUGGUUUAAUAAGCCUCCUUCAAAUACAGUUAAGUUUAAAUGCCCUGCUCCUGUUCUCAGUCCUUCAGACAUCAAUAUGGCAGGCAGAAUCCAUAAGUCAAUGGAAACUCUUAGCCAUAGAGGGCUGCAGAGAUUAAUUUCAACACCUUGAAAUGCAUCUGGAAGCAAAGAUUUCAUUUUAUAUUGAAGGUGUUAAUUAUAUUUGAUAUUUUUAAAAGUAAAAUCUGUUUUUGAGAAAGCAUCUGCUACCCAGAAAUAUUAUGAGCCACAAAAGAAAUUUCACUGAAGUCUCAAGAUACUUUCUGUGGAUGAUAGAAUCAGUUUUCAAAUGAUAGUCCCUGCUGUCUUUUAAUGCUGACAUACACUGUGAGUCUUACUCUUCUAUUGACUAUUGACCCAACUGCCUUUCUUUUUCCGUGGAAAAUUUGGGACUAUUUAAUAUUAGAUCUUAUGUUUAACAACGAAGACAGUAUAUUAUAAACCACUGACUUGAACAUGUUUCAUUUUAAAAUUUGAAUUGUGACACAGACAACUAAUGCUCCUAUCCUAUGCCCUCUCUUCAAAGCUAUUCAUUAAAAUAUAACUGGGGAAGUUUGAAAAACAUGCGAGCAAUUCUACAUGCUGCUCAAAGAUGCAGACGUGUGAUUAAAGUACAGUAUUACAGAAAACCUGGGAAUUAACCAAACUUACAAUAAUGGUUACGUCAGAGGGGCCAUGGUAGAGAAAAAAAGGACAUAGAAGUAGGGAGAGGUGCAUUCGUUGCAUGAUGAAAAGUCUGUUUCUUAAGCUGGGUCAUGAUACACAAAGGCUUCUUGCCACUCUUUGUGACAUUUCACGUGUCUUCAGUGUAUUUAUUGCAUAUACCUUUUGAUAGGAGAUAUGAAUACUUUGGGAAGCAUGCUACUAGUUUUGCUAUCAGGCUAUCCUUAACAUUUCUUGGUUUCCUCAAUUAUUGAUUGGGUCAGAAAACCACUUGCCUCAGACAGGGAUAGAAACUACUCUACUGCCAGUGUUGCUUGAGAAGACUUUCCUCUGCUUAACAGGAGCCAGGGGCUUCACCUCAACCCUCAUGCUGUGGAGAAAGUCAGACUCAACUGGCCACAGGUUCCUGUUUCUUGGGGCCGCUGAUCACCAUUUCUAACAGAUGCCUGUGGCAUUGCAAGCACAAGAUGGAAAACUAUAGCUCUAAACUCCCUUCUGAAGGGUAAGGAAAGGAAGAUGAAGGCAGAUGUUAAAUGAGCCCAGUCUUUUUCAUCUCAAACAAUUCAGAGCUGCCCGUUAGAGCACAAGAGCUCUCUGAGCUCCCAACCACACUGCCCACUCCCCAUAGUGUUGCCUCUCCCCUUUCCUCUUUAAGACGCAGGAGCGAAUCAUGGUCUUUGUGCUUUCACUGCAAUCUAUCCCAGGGUAAGAGUUCUCCCUGGUAUCUGUGGGAUGCCCUCGCUGCAUGUGAGGCACAAAUGGCUUCAGGGACCAGGAUCCUCACUCACUCUGCAGUCCAUUUUUUUAAAUUGGAAUUUGGGAUUGGUUUCUUCAGGUGUCCCACCAUCAUCUAUCAUUAUCUGAGUUAUUCCGUAUCCUCUCCCAACCCCAAGGAGAGGAUCCUAAUUGUUUUUAUAAACUGAUAGAAGGAAUUGGUGAUUCUUGGAAGAUAAUUUUAAAUGGUUAUAUUACUUUCCUAUUAGUUACUGCAUUUAAAUAGCAGACCUAAGGUGGGGUGUGAGAAGAUGUGACCCCUAGGAAUAUUGGUAUGACCUUUCUCAAGCAAUUUGAAGUCCUAUAGGUCUGAAAAUUUAAUGUCUUCAAUAUCAUUUCACAGAUGAGAAAAUUAAGGCACAUAUAGUGACAUAUUUAGGAGCUGAAGUGUAUUACAGAAACAAAGUUUUUUUGUAUAAGCCUUUCCCUACGUGGGAUGUUAUCAUUGUCACCUAUGUGCCUUUCAGGAAGCACCAAGUGCAGUGUGCAUGACUCAGUUGGACCCCUAGUUCCCUUCUAUUUCUCUCUCCAGCUGGCAGGAGACAGCAAAGGACAGUGGAGGUGAUUAUUUUGUGGCCAACAUUUCUGCCGUUAAAAGGGACAUAAGAGACUAUGCAGUAUGGCCAAAUUUUUUUUUUUUUUUUGAGAGGGAGUCUCACUGUUGCCCAGGCUGGAGUGCAGUGGCACCAUCUCAGCUCACUGCAAGCUCCACCUCCCGGGUUCACGCCAUUCUCCUGCCUCAGCCUCCCGAGUAGCUGGGACUACAGGCUAAUUUUUUUGUAUUUUUAGUAGAGACGGGGUUUCACCGUGUUAGCCAGGAUGGUCUGAAUCUCCUGACCUCGUGAUCCACCCGUCUCGGCCUCCCAAAGUGCUGGGAUUACAGGUGUGAGCCACUAUGCCCAGAGUAUGGCCAAUAUUUUAAGUGUUUUUAUUAUUGCUCUGGUUCUCCAUUUAGGGAGGCAUUCAGUGAGUAUACCCCAUCUGUCACAGGCCCCCACCACUCCCUGUGGUCUUACACUCUGCUGAAUUCAUACAUUUAGGUAACUUCCCUGGCCCUCCUGAGAGGCACUUAUUUUUGUAACCUCCUGUAUUUGAGAUGUAGGAAAGUGGGGCCUGAGGAGAAGUUGACUUGCCUUGGGUCCCACAGUGGUACAGGCAGAUCUAGAACUCACAUUCUCCAGGGCUCUUUCAGUAGGCUGUGGUUGAGCAGUAGUCAAGACCACCUCUUCAAGAAGGGAAAAACAUUUGUCUUCUCAUCUCUUUCUCCUCUUUCUUCCUUCUGCCUCUCACUGUAAGAAGAAAUGUGUUAAUAAGUUGCUAAUACCUUACUCUAGGUGUAUUUCAUGUUACACCAGCCAGUACUUGUAUUCUCAAUGACCAUAAGGAGAGGAAUGCAGAAGAAUUGAUUUCUGCACUAAAAGUUCAGACUCUGUGGCACUUGUGAUAUUUCUGGACAACUGACUCUUCUCUGUUGCCUUUCGAAUCACACAGUGGCAAAGCUGCUCACCCAUGUAUGUAUAAAGCUGACCCUUCAUCCAAUAGGCAGCCCCCAGUGUCUCCCCACACAGGGCGGAAGAGCAGAGGGAGCAGGUGGCAAUGUGGCAGCACCUUGAACUGUGCAUCACUGGGCCUGCUCCCCCUCAUCCCAAAGCAAUAACCCAGAAAUUACAUCCUGAGACUUACUUCCUCAGAAAGAAAAGGAAGGGGAGGGAUAUCUUAAAAAGGAGAAACUUCUAAUAUGGUAUUAGACUGUAAUUCAUAGGGAAAUUUAUGCCUGAGAUAUGAAUUUCUGAAAAUAAGGGGCUUUUUUGGAAGGGAAACACUGACACAUCCUUAAUUAUAGAGUAAUAAAUACCAAUGGUAUAUUAUCUUUCGAUAUUUCCUUACACAGAUAUCAAAGCACGCAGCUGUUUUUGAAAACUGAUAAUCAAGUACAAUAUAAGUAUAUUACAUCUUGCACUUACAACACACCCUUCAACUAAGCAGCAUCAUGGAGCACUUAACGGUGAGAAACAGAGCUGCUCAUAGUAGAAACCUAACUGAACAAAUUAGCUUUGAAUUGUAACUUCAGAAUCGUAGUCAAACCGAAGCGUCUGUCCUUGCCAGGAAAGGCAUUCCAAAGGCAGGGAGCAUGCCAAGGAAAAAGCCUUUGCUUCAGGAUUAUGGAGACAGUUCUGAAAAGCCAGCAUAACUUAAUGAUCAAUCAGAAAAAUAUAGAGCAGUAACUACACAACUGAAGGAUGCAUAAAAAUUGUACAAAGCGUUAAUAGUGGAAUGGGGAGGUAGGAUGGGAUUUUACGAGCAAGUAUUAAGCUCUUGGAAAGCUUCAUUUGUUGCCCUCAAUCCACACAGCAGAAAGAAAGAGAAAGAGACAAACUUGGGCAAAGAAAAGUAUGUGGACAAAUGUGGGGGGUAGAAAAGGAAAUGAAGGUUAAGCAAGGCCAAUAUGAUUCAGAAUAAAAGGGAAGGAGGGAAGUAUAAGGAGCCAGCUGUAAUUACUGAAUGUGACAUUAAGAAGAGCUGAAAUUGAGAGGGGGAGGUCUUGAGUAUUUUACUAAGUGGAUUAAUGCCCUCUUCCUCGGGUGUCUGAAGUUGCAGAUUUUAAUUUAUUUGGUGCAGGGAUUUAUUACAGAAUUCUUAAUGGGUGGGGAGAUAAACAGGGACAAUUAUAAACUCUUAAGAAGUAGAAAAGAGGACCAUAUAAUACUUUCUAUAAAUUUAACUAAUAAACAGGGUUUCAAGCUAUGGACAAAGGUAGUCAAAAAAAGCAUUUAGUCCAUGAUAAUAGGACUGAAAGGGAAAUAAGAGGGAUGUCCAAAAAACUUAAAGACCAAAACAAAGAAAGAAAAACCCACAUAGAUGUGUGAAGCCAAGGAUUUUGAAUGACUUGGGAGCUAGUUUUAUUGCCGCUCUCCUUUCUCCACCCAUUAAAAAAAAUAAAUCAUAACUCUGGCAUUUAAAAACCUACUCAUGAACAUCAUUUAUUAAUAUAAACUUAAUCCUGUGCUAUUCUUUGGUGGGUGGUAAGAACAUGAACUAACAACUGGACUAGAACGAUGGCAACAGGAUGAUCCACUCAAACACAGGAAAGUUGUAAGAAAAAGAAAAACUCCUAAUCUGCUCUUUCACCUUACUUAUUUUACAGAAGGAGAAAGCCAAAAAGGGGAGAGCAUGUGGCUAAACCACAGAAAGACUAGAUGCCUAAAGGAAAAAUUUUAAAGUUUUCCUAAAUAGGUAUUAGAAGGGGAAGGGGGAUGUAAAGCUUGUGUGAUUUACAUCAUUUUGUUAAUCUGCUAAUCUACUUCCCUGGAAGGUGAGAAAGAGUGUUGUCUGCCUUCUACAAUUGAAGAGACUAGGGCAGAAACUUAAUUAUGUUCUUAUCCCUGUGUAUACCUGGCUGUCAUCUGGCUGGCAACUAGUCCACAAACUAUUUGUUCAGGCAUUUGCCUGGCAAUAAUGUUAGCCAUCACUUAAAUUGUUAAAUAUGGAUCAGAAGAUCUUUAAGAAUUACUGAUAUGCAGCUAUUAAUACUGGAUGUAAAUAGUACUAUUUGGGGUGUGGGUAAAUCAUUUGACUGGAACCACAUUUAAAAAAAGGACUUGGAAAUUUUAUUUUUGAAAUGCUGUUGGGGAGAUGGCAUUGAUGAAAAAAAUGUAAUUGAAAAUGGAAAAAAACAUCAUUUACAAAGAGUAAGAUGGGUAAAAAUGACUAAGCAAAGAAGCCUUGUCACCUUCGACCUGAUGCUUCAUUGUAUCAGAAGAAAGUGAACAGAUUGCUAACAAAGAGACAACCCCUUCUAAUUUCCAAAACUGGCCCAGCAACAAGAGGGAGAAAAUAGAGAAGAGUGCACUGCGUGGUGGCUCAGGGUGAUCCUUUAAUUUGAGUGUUAAAAAUGAGGGCACAGACCUAGAGGUUUUUAAUGGUCCGCGGGUGGACUUUAGAUUCUGUACACUCCUCCACCUUCUAUGGAGAAUUCGGAACACGGGGGAGUUUAACCAGUAUCUUAAAUCCCAGGGACAGGGUGGAGCUUGCUUUGUGAUCCUGAUUAAUUAAAAGGAAAGAAAUCAAAGCAGACAUCUCUCCUUUUUCCAUGUGAGCCGCAGAGCCAUGGAGGGGAACUUGUGCUCUCUGGUGCUUGCAGCUAUGUUCCCUGGCUUUCAUCGGCUUGGCUUUUCCCCUUGUAUUUCUAAUGCUGUGCUACCAGGCCAAUAAAAUAGAAUCUACAAAAUUGCAAAACAAAA